AUGCGCAUACACGUAAAUCUGCCACUUGCGGGCUCAAGCAGCUCCACCACCGCCUCAUCCACCACCGCCUCGUCAUCCACCGUCCGCUCCCUCGCCCCACCCCCCCUCACCGCGCUCACCCCGCAAGGAGAACUCAUCCUCAUCGAAUUGCAAGGCUCGCUCGAGAUUGAGAACCAAAAUCCGCGCGGCGGUCAAGUGCUGGGCACCAUCAGCUUCGAGCCCACCCGCCCAGACCGCCCGGUGCUCAUGAUCUCGCACCACCGGCUCGAGGGCAAGUUUGUCAACCUCGUCCGGCCACUCGCGGUGCUCGAGAAGAAAGUUCGUGCCGACAAGCAGGUGCUGGCGGAUGUAGGGAAUGCGAGCAGGAGAAGGUCGCGGGAGGAGGUGGAGGCAAUUGGGGUGGUGGGGACGGUGAAACGGGCCAAGAGGCCAGUAGAGGACGUGGGGGGAGCGGGGAGGAGCUCGUCGCCUCCCAUAUCGCCCAAACGCGCAAGGGACGCUUUGGAUUUCAGCUCGUCGCCGCCGCGACAGACUCCGGUCAAGUCGAGGCCGUUGGCAAAGGCGUCUGGGCUGACGGAUAUCGACGAGAACGCGGAGCAGCGGGGCGGGGCGCAAGAGGCAAACCAAGGGAAGGAGGACGAGGAGGAGGAAGAGGAAGAGGAAGACGACCAAGGCGAAGAACCGCAAACAGCAGUCUACUACGACGUGGUCAACGUGAUCAAGCGCAAGAUCCUCUUCUCGAAACGUCCCGAGCCCAUCGUCCGGCUUGAUACGUCCCCCACUGCUGUCCGCACAGCCAAGUCGUAG